AGCAAGCGUCCCGCCCAUUCUCCUUAAAAACUGUCGAGGUCCAAUCUUCACUGAUUUUUAGCUAAGUUGAGCUAUUGUGAGUUAUGGAAUGGAGUGCUAGUCUCUCGAAGAGCUGUAAAUAUGAGAAAAGAGUAAUUAGGUGCCUGAGGUACCUGCUAGUAGGCGUCAAUUCAGCUAUCACCAUAUUUGGUUGCUGUGUCAUCAUAGCUGGUGUAUGGGGAAAGCUUCGUGGAGAUAACUUUGACGAUGUUACUGAUGACGAUCAGCCUUACACCCAGAUACCAGUAAUGGCUAUUGUUGUGGGUAUCUUUGUGUCCUUGUUUGGUCUAGUGGGGGUCAUUGGUGCUAUCCUUGCCAACCACGUUGGAGGACGCAUUGUACUGGGACUGUAUGGAUUUGUGCUGGCACUGGUAGCUAUGAUUGAAGUUGCAGCUGUUGUUACAGCCAUAGUUCAAAAUGAUCAACUUGAUGAGAAUAUCAAGACAAGUAUGACUGAAACAUUCUUACAAUAUAAUGAUAGUUCAAGUGUUAGGAAGACAUGGGAUACUGUUCAAAGAAGAUUUAAAUGUUGUGGCACAUACAACUACUCAUCAUACGAAGACCUGCUGGAUAUUGAUCCACCUACCUCAUGUUGUAUUAGUGAAAAGAACUGUAAUACAUUGACUGGAACUGAUGAAGACUUAUUUCAAAAGGGUUGUGUUGAGAAGGUGGAGAAUAACCUUGCUAUCAUCUUAGGCAUAAUGGCCGGAAUAGUUGGAUUUGCUAUUUUAUUACAGAUUUCGGGUGUUGUGAUAUCAUGCUAUGUUGCUGUUCGUGGCUCCGUGAAAAGAAACAACUAUGAACUUAUUUAAAGCACACUCCGUGUAUAUAAGCCACCAAGCACCAUGUCCAUUAUAACUAUGCCAUAUUGAAAUCAUCACUAUUAUUAUUAUUAUUAUUAUUUAACAUUAUGAGAUUUGAAGUUAUACUCUAUUAUCAGUA